GUGCAUUGAAGAUGUUUUCAAAAUCAAGUGACUUGUUUGAUCCGAAAGGAUAUUUUGCGGCUCUUUGGCCGUACAGAUACACGUGUUUUCUCUUCACUCAUUGUAACGCCAGAUCAAAGAAGUGGCGAGCAACGUACGCUAUAAUUUUCAUGUUGGGUCACUCGGCAAUGUACUGGUACUCAUUAAUACUGUCGUAUCCCUUGAAAUGGAUUGCCACCAACCCAGCUGAACUAGUGGCAUGGAUUUUCGAAGUGACUGUGAUACCGCUGAACAUCGUCAUGUGGUUCUUUGUAGGUCACCGGUGUUUCAUGGGGUCAGUUUCAUCGAUAACGCGUCUCGACCGAGAUCUUGCUAACAUUUGUUCGAAACAUGUCGACCUCAAAGCAAUGGUCAGAAGACAACUUAUUUGCUUUGUUUGUGAGUACACUAUUUACAUACCAGUGACCAUUGUGUGCAUAUUGACGAACUCCGUUGAACCAUUGAAUAACUUGCCGUAUACAGUCCAAUAUGUUUCUUACCAUUACAUCGCAGCGAUCAAUAAUUCGGUGAUGUCGGUUUUCUCUAAUGUGGUCUAUUUCAUCGGUGAUCGGUACGCGUUGAUCAAUUCUGCGUUGGAAGAUACUCGCGACGGUGAUGUGAAAGGUGAAAUGACAAAUCAUUCGAAUGAAUCAGAAAACGUGGUGGAAUUGAUACGGCAACUCCGGAUUGUUCAUCGAAAAUUAUUCUCUGUCUCUAAGGAAGUCAUGGAAGGAUUUUCUCUCCAAAUAGUAUUCUGUAUUGUGCUGAUUUUUUUUGAAACAGCUUACGAUUUAUACUUUCUUACCUUUGGUAUGUCGGCUAUCAUUUGCCACGAGAGUACUACAAUGGACUAUCUUAUAGCAGUUUUUAGUGUUGUUCACAGCUUGACUGGAAUUGUUUACAUGGCUUAUUGUUGUCAUCGAACCGUACGAAUGGCAAAUGGAACCGCAAAGAUACUCAACACAUUGAUCAUCGAUGGCAACGAUAUGCGGUUGGAGGUAUCAUCGUUUUUCCAUCAAAUGAUACAUUGUCAGCUUUUCUUUUCACCACUCGGCUUCUUUCAAGUGGAUCUUGCGUUUCUUCAAAGUUUUAUAGCAUCGAUGGCAACGUAUUUCGUUAUUUUAGCCCAAGUGGGAACAGUCAUUUUCUAUUGUCCGGAACUUCGAAAAAAUGAUAUGCUUCACGCCCCAGUUGCCAAUUUUAGUUCAUAGAAAAAAAAAGUCCGUUACAAAAGAUUUUACGAUUUUGACAAUUAUCAGAAAAAUGUUUGGAACACUGUACUGUAUGUAUUCAAAGUGCACCAAAAUUCCAAUCAAUUGCUUGCACUGAUGUAUCCCUGAAAAGGAAAACGUAAGUCUGUUUUACGAAUAAACAAAUUUCGCGCAUCACAAGAACUGUACACGCGUUCGAAUCUUUAUGAAAAAUAUUAGAGAUGGAGACGAUAACGAUAUGUUCAUUAUUUCUAUUAAAAAUAAUAUCAACGAAAUCACACGAUCAAUUCGAAUCUCGGUUUUACUACCUUGCAUUUACAAUUACAUGUUCAAACCGUAGAGUGUCUGGUUCGAAUAUUCUCAUAAAUUCUGAGGUAAAAUGUAUCCGGCGCCUGGCGCCAACCAGUGGCGGUUGAUGGGAAUACCGUAGUACGCGCGUUCUCUCAACUGCGCCUAGAAUCGCAGAAGCUACAACUUUUUCAAUGUUACGUUACGAUUUUACUCAUGCUAUUUCGUACUGUCACAAAAAUCAAUAGAAACCUAGACUGUAAGAUGACCGA